AAUGUGUGAUAAUGAUUGAUACACGGACGACUUAGACUCAACCUUCCGGAGAUUGCAAAGAUAAAGAGCUACGAUGAUUAAGAUAUCGAAAUCCAUCGAAAUAUGUUCAGUUUUUAGUUUGUGGUUACAACUCGGCAGAGUUCAGUUAUAUCCUAUCAUUUGAGCAAACGGAAAGUGUUAUCGUGGCGGUAAAAACAUAAAAAUGUUGACGCAAUUUGCUGGAAACUUAUCAUGUACUGUGGAAGCCGGUCAGAUAUUUGUGAUUGGAGCUAGGCCAAUUGAUGAUGCGGAAAGGGUUAACAUUAACUUUCUGUCAGGAAAAUCCGAAGAUUCUGACAUUAUUCUGCACUUUUCCAUCCGUUUCCACGACGAUGUAAUUGUGAGAAACUCGAAAAUUGGGGGCUCAUGGGGCCCUGAGGAACGGGAUGAAAACAUCAACGAACUAACAGCACCGAACCCAACAACGCCAGGUGAAAUAUUUCGACUUUAUAUUCUGGUUGGUGACGAUAAGUUCCACGUUGCUAUCAAUGGUCAUCCAUACUGUACGUAUGCCUUCCGCGCGGCCCUGUCGGACAUUCGGACCAUCGCCGUUGCCAAAGAUGUUAUGCAAAUUGUUCAAGUCGAUCAUAGACAGGCUUUCCCCAGUCCGUUCCCUGCCAUACAGCUCGAAGAGACGUUCAACUCAUUUAGCAAUGAUGUUCCGAAAGUGUUCCUUCCGGGUCACAUAAUUCUUAUCACUGCCAUCCCUUUCGGCAACCCACGUGGAGGGUUCAUCAUUCGUUUUCUGGAAAACGGAUCGAAACGUCAGGCCCUGCACCUGAACCCUCGUUUCGAUCCCCAUUACGUAGUAGUUCGUAAUUCGCACACCGAAACAUUAGAAUUUCGGCGAGAUGAGGAACGCAGCGGCGGUUUUCCAUUCGUGCUGGAUCAGCAGUUCAAACUGGCCAUUGCCAUGACCGAGAAUGAGUUCAAGUUUGCUGUCAAUGGCAGCUACUUCGAGUCGUAUGCCUACCGAAAUUCCAAUCUGUUGGAUAUUCUGAACGGAUUUAAGGUUCAGUGCACCAACGGAAUGCAGCUGGAGGUGACAAAUGUUGACCAUUUGAACAUGGGUGUACCGGAUUGCGAAGGUUUCGAGACAUACUCCAGCCCUGAGGUGGAAAUGCUAUAAUUGGAAUUUUCGCGACAGGCACUCGUUUGGCAAUCAAGUCGGUGUUAUUUUUCAAUCUACAACAAUCAUUGAAUAAACAUUAUGCUGCUGCUUUCACUUA